UCGGGGAAGUGUUUUGCCUACGUCUCGGGAAAUUCCCUGAGAGUAACGAGUAAGCGCGCAGAGAGGAAGAUCCCAGCUGCCGUACGCAGCCAAGCAGCGCUCAGACGCGGAACAGGCAAGACGGAGGCUGCCGCCUGAACGAGAAGCAGCUCCGUAGACUCCACCAGCCUCAGCGGGAGAAAGUCCCACCAUGGCCGGUGGUCAUGAGCCAUAUAUUGAAAUACAUGAGCAACCUAGACAGAGAGGGAUGCGUUUUCGAUACAAAUGUGAAGGAAGAUCGGCAGGCAGUAUUCCAGGUGAACAUAGUACUGAUAUCAACAGGACGUUCCCAUCUAUACAGAUCUUGAACUACUUUGGGAAAGUAAAAAUCAGAAUAACAUUGGUAACUAAGAAUGAACCCUAUAGGCCGCAUCCUCAUCAGUUGGUUGGAAAGGAUUGUGAAAACGGUUACUAUGAAGCUGAAUUUGGACCUGAGCGUAGAGUUUUGAGUUUUCAGAACCUGGGCAUUCAGUGUGUGAAAAAGAGAGAACUCAAAGAAUCCAUCAUUUCACGAAUUGCUAAGAAGAUCAAUCCGUUCAAUGUUUCUGAAGAACAGCUGUUGACAGUUGAAGAAUAUGACCUAAAUGUGGUGAGACUCUGUUUCCAAGUAUUCAUCUGUGAUGAACAUGGCAACUGCACACAACCUAUAUCCCCAGUCGUCUCCAACCCCAUUUAUGAUAACCGUGCACCCAAUUCAGCUGAAUUGAGAAUCUGCCGUGUGAACAAGAACUGUGGAACAGCGAAAGGAGGAGAUGAAAUUUUCCUCUUGUGUGACAAAGUUCAGAAAGAUGAUAUAGAAGUGAGAUUCUUCAUGAAUGACUGGGAAGCCAAGGGGAUUUUUUCACAAGCUGAUGUUCAUCGUCAAGUAGCAAUUGUCUUCAGGACGCCCCCAUUUUUCAAAGAUAUCCCAGAUCCUGUGACUGUGAAGAUGCAAUUGCGAAGGCCCUCAGAUCAGGAAGUCAGUGAUCCUAUGGACUUUAGAUAUUUACCAGAUGAAAAAGAUCCUUAUGGCCAUAAGGCAAAGAGGCAGAGGUCACCAAUGGCUUUACAAAAACUCAUUCAAGACUCUGGUGCCUAUGAAAGAUCUAAUGCUUCUCUGUUCCAGACAGCCAGUAAUGAAGGAAAAUUCAUUAAGAAAGAACCAAAUCUAUAUUGCUCAAUGAUUGAAACAGCCAUCCCACUGCAGAAAACAUCUGCAAGCAUCCCUUCCUUGCAGUCAUAUUAUUCUCCUCCUUUAAACCACUUAAGUCCCAAUGGACAUCCUGGUCCACCUUUUCAAAUGACAGAGUCCGUUAAGCAGGAUGGGGUUCUGCCAUCUUGCUGGCAUUCCUCUGUUUCACCUCUAAAUGUUUUGCUGCAACAAAGAAACGUGGGUGAUACGUUGCAUCCUACAGUGCAGAAUGUUAGCUCUCCAUGUCUUGGACAGGAGAAGAGUCUGAACUGGGCCAAUCAGAAAGAGGGGAACAUUUAUCAAGGAUUCUUUGGAAUAAUGAAUGAUCAUGAGUCAACAAUGUCAUCAUCAUCACCUUCACCAUCAGUGUCUCAGCAAGAAAUUCGGAAUGUCCCCAGCACUGUUGACAGCCAGUCUAUUCAUCUAGAAAAUGCUGCAGUGUCCAGUGACAUUAGCAUGGAAAUGGAAGACUCCAGAUGCUCAGAUGUUAACUUAGAAAAGUCAUCUUUCGUUCAAGCUUUAAAUCCAAGCAACCACAGGAAGAAAGUCCAACCGUUGCUCCCUCCUGCCAUAUCAACAGUAACCACUUCUAGCUUAUCUUUGACCUCUAUGUCCAAUAUUUUUGAGACACAAAAUUUUCAUUAUUUGGCUAGCCUUAAUGAUUCAGGAUUGGCCAGCAAUCCAAACACCAUAAAUAUAUCAAAUUUUGAUACUUACAGCACCCAAGAUGAUGAGUUCCUAAAUUCCAUCGGAAGUAAUUUUGAUAGCAUACUUUAAACAUACAGUUGUUAAACUGUAGCUGAUUGUUGCUCAGACACAGUAUACAGUAUACAGUAUACAGUAUACAGUAUACAGUAUACAGUAUACAGUAUACAGUAUACAGUAUACAGUACACAGUGAUCUCUUGCAAUAUGUGAGUUAGUUUUUCACAUAUCUAUUGUACCCAUCCUUGAAAUUCUUUUUUUAAUACUUGUAUUAAAUUUAUCUAAGUAUAAAAGACAAAUGAAAGUGGGAAAAGAGGGAAGGGAAAAGAAAAAAGUAUUUAACUUUUUUUUCAAGCACAAAAUCCAGAAGUUUCCAAGUAAAAACAAACUUGGAUAUGUUCCUUUCUUUGAUUAGACAAGUCAAUUUAGCCAUCUCUGCUGAUUUCAUCAGUUUUUCCAGCCAUUUAUCCAAUAUAAUUAAACUAUCUUUCCAUUUAUGUGCAUAAAGGAUUCUUGCUGCUAUCAACAUACAUAACAGGAAGAUUCCAGAAUUUUUUUCAAGUUUUUUGUCCAUUAAGCCCAAAAGAAAAAUCUUUGGUUUAAUUUUUAUUUUCAUUUUAACUAUCUUCUGAAUUAAAAAAUAAAUUUUACUCCAAUACUUCUUUGCUUUAUCACAAGUCCCCUAAAUAUGGUAAAAUGUCCCUUCUUUGCAUUUACAUUUCUGACAUACUUUUGAAAUAUCUUUCUAUAUCUUUAACAAUUUAUUCGGUGUUAAACACAAAUAGUACCUCAUUUUAUAAAAUUUAUUAAAUUAAAUUAAUUAUAAUUUAAUGUAAAUUUUAAACCAUUUGUCCAUAUGUUUUCCCACUGUUCAAGCAAGCACUAUAUUGUACCCAAAAUUCUUUUCCCAUUAAAUCAUGCAAUACAUUACAUCUUCAUUCUCCAAAUUUAAUUUCAGUGGCGAUUUAUAGAAUUUGGCAAUAACAUGUUCAUCCUUAACACACAGUACAAUUUCAAAUUCAGUUUUUAAAAUGUCAAACACAUAACUUUAAAAAUCUAAUGUAAACCUUUCUUUCAGUUCUAAAUAUGUAAAUCAUUGACAGACACAUCCUUCUGACUCCCACUCUUUUUGUGAUUUAAGGGUAGGCUCACUUUGAUUAAAAAGUAUUAUUUGACCAUGUCCACCAGUCUGGCCUCACCUUGGUUUUUUUUUUUUUUUCUGAAAAAAACUUCCUGGGAUGAUGCCCAAAGAGGUACCUUUGUAGAGAAACUUGUUUUAGAUUUGUUCCAAAUCCUUGGAUCUAGCAUGUCUAACAAAGUAAUUCUUGAAAUCAACAUUUUAACUGAUGUCAUAAGUAGGUAUGCCAUCCAUCUCUUAGUUCAUGGCUCUUUAAUUCAAAUAAUCUCUUCUUUUGAAGAGUCACCCACUCUUUCAUCCAAACGCAUUCAAGCAGGCAUCAAAGUAUAGUUUCAAAUCUGGUAAACUCAAACUUCCUCUUUCUUGAGUAUUUUGCAGUAGUUUAUAACUAAUUCUUGGUCUUUUUCCUUGCCAUAUAAAUUUAGAAAUGCCCUUCUGCCAUAGUUUAAAUGGAGUAUUGGUUGUCAGUAUCAAUAAAAUCUGAAAUAAAAAUAACAUCUCUUGUAAAAUCUUCAUCUUAAUUAAAAGAGAUUCUACCCAACAUGGAUAACUGCAAACUACCCCAUCUUAAUAGAUCUUUUUUUAUAUCAUUCCACACAGGUGCAAAAUUGCUUUGAAACAAUUUAGAUUUGUCAAUUCAACUCCAAGAUAUUUAACCCUUUUCUUCACCUUGAAACCUGAUUUUCUUGUCAAUAUUUAUAAUAUUGAAAAGUCACAUUCUUAACAUGUGUUGCUUUCUGUUCGUUUCUUUUGAAACCCACUAAAACUCCAAAGUAAUUUAAUUUCUUCAUCAAGAAUUAUAUACCAAUUUUUGAGUCUUACAGAAAUAGCAAUAGGAAUAAGUUGCAAUGGGACUUAUUUCCAAGAAAAAAAUUAAUGGGUUUGCAAGGCUGGUUAGCUGUUUCUCUUAUAUGAAACAUCUCUGAUAUGAAAUAUAGUUAAAUUCAUUUAUCCAGUGUAACCUUUCUGUGUUUUUUUAACUUCUUUGCAUUCCCAAAAUUGAUUUAAGCACUGAUGUUUAGACCACAGUUUUAUAUGUUUUGUUUGCAUUUAGGCAAAUCUGUAUUCCAGUAAUGGUAAUGACUAUGUCAUUGUGAAUAUUUUUUUUUAGAUACAGCCUUAAAAAGUAUUGAAAUAAUUUUUAGAAUUGAAAUUUUCAGAAUUCUCACAUUGAGGAAAAUACUUAUAGCUAAUGUGGAGUGCUAUUUUUCAAUAUAUGUUUGAAUUAAUCAAUAUUGAAAAUAUACAAGUGACCAAACUUUUUCUCACUCCUUCCAAUUUUCUUUGCAAUGUGAGAAAUUUUUUUUCCUUUAUGAAGUGUUUAUAAAAUGAACUGAAUUAGUAUAUCUUUGCACUCAUCACAAUCUUCAGGCAUAAAAUAUCUUCUUUGUUUUAAUGAUAUUUCUAAAGCAAUUUUCCCAUCCUAUAGUGCUCUAGAUAUAGUCCCAUAAUCCCCACUUAGCUAUUCUGAUGCAGUUUAUAAUCCAGAACAUUGCACAGACAUCUGGUAUAGACAGAAGUUGCAAAAACAAGGAUGGAUUAUCAUUGAACAUUAUAUUCAGAUGCAUGUACAAAAUACAUAUAUGCUUUAUAAUUUAUGAAUGGCACCAAUGUGCUUUUUCCAUUGCUUUAAAAUACAUGAAGCAUAAUUGGACUUGAGUUAUGAUUUUGUUCCUUUAUGAUAUAAAUAAUAAUUUUCUGAGGUAAAUUGAUUGUGUUUGGCAUACAAAUAGACAUAUUGAAAGAGAAAUAAUUGACAACAUACUGCAGCUAAUCAAAACCAAUAUAUCUGAGCUCAAAUAAAAUAGGAAUCAAGUUGAUUGCCCAGUGUUGUCAAUUGCUCUACAG